AGAAGGAGAGAGCCAACAGAAGGAAUGGAAGGGAGAUUGGAAGCUUCUCUUACGUAGAGGACUUUUGGGUUGUGAGUGUCUAGGAACUGUCCGUGGUAAUUGCUGCUUGCAUGUUUCGACCCAGGGGAAAAAUAGAGGAGUUGGGAUUGGCUGAGCAAUGACUUCCCACACAUCAGUCAAGCUCUUCAAAAAAAUUUUAAUUUUGGAAGUUAUUGGAGUUCUGGGGGCAUAUUCUUUGUAUUACAAAAUGGACUCAAGUCAAGAUUUCAGGCAUAAGAUGAAACGAAGAUGGCCAUCUAUUCUGGAAGUUUAUUACAAGAGUAAUGAAUGGGCUGGUAUUUAUGGGAUCAGAGAGACAGAUGAAGAGAACUGGCUAACAAAAAAACCCUAGAAUGGUUUGUUCCUGAACUUCUUUUUAUUCCUGAUGAUAGUUUUCACAUCUCUAUUGUGAAUCCACUUGUCACGCUCUGCUUCCCACUUGAGCUGUUUGAAAUCUAACAAAGGAAGACAGUGAACAAAUUAGAUAACUCAAUGGAAUAACUGCACUCUCUAAACUUGAAUGUGGAGAUUUCUAUUUGGAUGCAAAGAACUUCUGAGGCAAGAGCUUCAAAAGCUCAAAUAAAGCAAAUACUCUU